UCAGAAAUACCACCACGGGAGCGCGUACACCCGCAGCUCUUCACUCAGCCACACUCGACUGUCCAGCGUACCGAUGCAAAGUAUCCCAAGGAAAAAUCCAGUUUUCUAACAGAGACACGAGGCGACUGUGAGCGAGUUUUUCUUUCUUUCCAUCUCUCCAGAUAGUUGGAAGUAACCGAAUACGGACUGAAUCGACUUUACAUGCCUGACAGGGUAGCAGUCGGUCACCUUCUUUCUAAGACACUUGGGCACAGACUUGCUUCGAGACUUAAAUAACGGAGAAGAUGUGGAUAUUUUCCGACAAUUCAAAGUGUAUUUUUUUCAUUUGGAACCAGUGGUGUUUGUAUUACGCAGCAGUGGUGUGUCUGUUGUUUUCUCCUGUCAGGACGAACAAUGUUUGCCCGACAUCCUGCAUCUGUGCCAAAGACCCGGGGACAGUGACCUGCCGUGAUGGGGAGGACACCGAGGUGCCGGGAGACAUACCGGAGUGGACGUCCACCUUGAUACUCCAAGGGAGAAACAUUUCAACUUUACGUCGCGGUGCGUUCAUGAGCAACGGGACGGAGUUGCAAAUGACCACGCUCUCGCUGUCCCGUAACGGGAUACGCGCGAUCGAACCUUACGCCUUCCUGGGACUCCCCCGGUUGCAUUUGCUGGAUCUGAGCCACAACCAGCUGGAGUACAUCUCUGGCAGGGCUUUCCACGGGCUACUGCAGCUUCGCUCUCUUUACCUCAACCACUCCAUUUCCCCCGCGGCCACGGAGCAGCUGUCCAAUGCGCUCGACGCGCAAAGCCUGCUGAACCUGCACAGGCUGGAGUUAGCGGGAAACGCGCUGAAGUCAAUCCCCCCGCUGCGAUUAGAUAUGCACAAUCUCCACGCGUUGGUGCUGAUAAAUAACUCCAUAACGAGCGUAGGGGGGGGAGACGUAACAACGCUGUACCAACAAAAGCGCGUUCGCGUCUACUUGGCGUUGAACCCGUUCCGGUGCAACUGCGAACUAGGGGCGUUUUACUACUGGUUGAAGAACUCCUCCCAGUGCCCGGAUGCUGGGCGUCUGCUGUGCAGCGAGCCGGAGGCCAAGAGGGGGGUUCCCGUGGAGAACCUCCGCGAGGAGGACGUGGAUUGUAUGAGCGAGAACCUCGAGGCGGUUUCGUACGUGUUCCUCGGGAUAGUGUUGGCUCUGAUCGGGGUGGUGUUCCUGAUGGUGCUGUAUCUCAACCGGGGAGGCAUCAAACGGUGGCUCAACAACAUCAGGGACGCGUGCCGGGACCAGAUGGAGGUCUACCAUUACCGCUACGAGCAGGACUCCGACCCGCGGCUGGCCAACGUGGCUGUCUGACCCGCUGAGACAUCAGAACCCCCCCCCCCACACACACACACACACACACACACACACUACUCCACAACAAUCGUCUUUAAAAACAGUCUCAGCAGCUGGCCAAUAAACUGCAUGUGGCGUUCCGCUCACACUGGCAUAUGCACACAGCCAAACACAGUUAACAGACUUCAAGAGACUAUUGUAGUUGGUGACCAUGAAUAUUUAAACGUCCAAGCCCUAUUAGUAUACAUUGUUUUGACGUAUUAUAGAAAUGCUUUCCAUGCAUCAUCUUAAUAUGCACAUUCUGAAGCAGCUUGCCUUAUAACUUAGUAUUAUCUUAAUAACACAGUGACAAAUAAAGGUAGUGAAGAAAUAUAGAAUUUGUGAUUUAAAAAAACUGGAAUGAAACAGUGAAUACAUGGAAUAUGUGAAAACUGCAGCCCUUUACUCACUGCUGCAAACAAAUGGCCUAUAUUCAAAAGUCUCCAGAGGCAGAAACAGGUAUUUGCGUUUGUAAUCUACCGAGGGAGUGCAUAUUGUAACGGGCGAAAGAGAAAAGUGGUUGAGAAGGAGACUUGGGCAGGUAAGACAGAGGCAAAGGAGCUGGCGAAUGCCAUGUUAGUGCAAGCAGGUGAUGCUGGAGUAAGUCACGUUUCAUCAUCAGGAACAUGGUUAACAACAUGGACCUUUCAAACAGCCUUUGAUCUCUGAAAAUAACACACGUGUAUCAUUUGACACAUGGUGAAUUUAUCUGUGAAGGGUCAGAAGAGGAAGUGGAGGAAUCUAACCAUGAAUGCGACUAUUGUAGGCACAGAAAAGCAACCAAACCAUGAAUAAAAAGUCAAAUAAAAAUGGCGAGUUAGCAGUGUUCCUUACAUCAGUGCAUUUUAUCAUCAUUGUCAGGAGUGUUGACUUCUUGCGGCCAUUAAACACAGCAAGUGUUUCCUGGUCAUAUUUUGUAAAAAGGUUUUUGUAGCAUUGCUACAAGCAGGUGUGAAUGAGUGCAUUGUCUCCAUGUGAAGUUUUACUGAAAACGUCCCAUCCUCAGCACUUCUGCCCGCCAGAAAAGGUAUCGACUACCUCACCUGCUUCUUUUCAAAGCUCCAAAUCGUUAGGCUGGUAGAGGUCCGCUGCUUGAGGGAUACACAGUGUAACAGAAAGGCAUCACAGGCAUCAACGCUGUUAAUCGCAUUAGCUCUGUUAUAAACCCUGAGCAGCAAGCCACGAAGUCGGUAUCUCUCUCCACCCCUGAGCGCAUCAGCCGUCUGCACUGAAGGUCAAACUAAAAAAGCUGGGAAACAGCACGAGAGCAGGAAUGUGUU